AUGAACAACGGUGAGAUGUACCACCAACACUCGGACCUGCAGUUUCGAGGAGGUUGUUCUCUCAUGCACGAAAUGCUGAAACCAAAGCGUGGAGAGUCCAUUCUCGAUCUCGGCUGCGGUACCGGACGACUGACUAUGCAGUUGGCAUCUCUCGUUGGUGACUCUGGUCGUGUGGUCGGUGUUGAUCCUGACCCGUGCAGAAUCGCUGUAGCAAAAGAGCAACUGACAAAAACCAAUGUUGAUGUACCUGUUGUCUUUCGUCUCGGCAGCAUCUACGAAGCAGUUCGGUUUGGUCAGUUCGACGGAAUCUUCAGCAAUUACGUGUUCCACUGGUUUGAACGUACUGAACGUGCAGAAAUGAUGCAGAAGAUGUAUGACUGUUUGAAACCGGGAGGACGACUUACCUUCCUGCUCGAACCCCAUCAGCCACAGCGCAAAUUUAUCAUUCGAGAUGCCGUGCGUCUGGCAAUGCCUACCGUGGAUGAAGAGUAUGCUUCUGGUAUGAAGAUGGACCCGCCUUCUGUGUGGCUGCAGCACUGCAGCACAGCCGGUUUUGCUGUCGAACUGUCUCAGGUAGUCGAGAUCAACGAGGUAGAGCAAACUUUGGAGAAACUACUGCAAGUUGUCGAAGCUGCCAUUCCCAACUUCAAAUCCAACAUGCUGCAAGACAAUGAUCUGCAGACGUUGAAGAACCGCUAUAAAUCAGGAAAUGGCGAUGAGGUCGUACACACGAUCACAUUGCUGAAGGUGUCGGCUAGAAAACCACUAACACCUUGAGUAGACAGUUGCCUUCAACAAGCAACCCAACCUCAGACAACAUAGGAACCUAAGCUAACGAAGUAUCGUGAAGGUAGACAUUAGAAAUUAACUCUAGAUUGCAUGCUAUUGUAGUAAACGCUAAUGUAGGAACCUAGAUAGCUAACCUUUUAAGCAUCCUAAAAGCAGACACUACAAAUGAACUAUAUAUUGCAUGCCAUUCUAGUAAACGUCGUCUAUCUCUAUCUAUCUAUACACAUUAUAAAGCCGUUAUGUGUGUGCGUGCGUGUGUAUUAAUUACUUAAGCCUGGAUGUCACGCAUGUAUUAAUUAAUCGCACUCCUAGACGCGCACCUUUCCCCAUUGGUUGCUUCUACACUUCCAUCAUGAUCAG